UCGUGAUGCUUACCAUUUCUAAUUCAGACAUAUUACCUCAGCACAAGUAGUCCUCUGCCUGCUUGUCAAGAAAAAAAAUACCCCACUUGUUUAAAAGACUUUGUCUUUUUGAGUCUCUCUUCUUAUUCUCUUUCUUAAGUUUCAGAUCUAAAAACACCCAAUUCCAUCUUUGUUUCAGUCUGACAAUUUUUCUUCCCAGUUAAAACUCACCAUAAAUACUUGUGGAUUUUGUCUUCUUUUUGUGUGUUUUGAUUCAUUAAAGGGAAAGCAGAGAUAUGGGGUUGGUGGGUGUCCAAGAAAAUGGGAACGGACAAGUGGAUGUGUCUUUGGGAGGGAAGAAUAAAUAUAAGAGAAUGAACUCUGAGUUUACAGAGGAUUUUGAUGAUGCUUCACAUCAUCAUCAUCAACGAGAUAGAAGUAGAAGUACUAGAAGAUACGUUCUUGCUUGUGCUAUUUUUGCCUCCCUAAAUUCUGUUCUUCUUGGCUAUGAUGUUGGUGUGAUGAGUGGAGCAAUCAUAUUCAUCCAAGAAGAUCUCAAGAUAACCGAGGUACAGGAAGAAGUUCUUGUUGGAUGUUUGAGCAUUGUAUCACUUUUUGGUAGUUUAGCUGGUGGAAGAACAUCGGAUGUUAUUGGUAGAAAAUGGACAAUGGGCUUAGCUGCGGUUGUUUUUCAAAGUGGUGCAGCUGUAAUGACAUUUGCUCCUUCCUUCCAAAUCCUGAUGAUAGGAAGAUUUUUGGCUGGGGUUGGAAUAGGCUUUGGAGUCAUGAUUGCUCCUAUCUAUAUUGCAGAGAUAUCGCCAGCCGUUUCUAGAGGCUCUCUCACCUCCUUCCCAGAGAUUUUCAUAAAUCUUGGAAUUCUACUUGGUUAUGUUUCGAAUUAUGCAUUUUCAAAUCUUUCUGUGCACACAGGCUGGCGGGUAAUGCUUGCUGUUGGAAUCUUGCCUUCAAUCUUCAUUGCAUUUGCACUUUUCAUCAUCCCUGAGUCACCAAGGUGGUUGGUCAUGCAAAACCGAAUUGAAGAAGCAAGAUUAGUGCUGUUAAAAACAAAUGACAAUGAGAGGGAGGUGGAGGAAAGACUUGAGGAAAUUCAAAAAGCUGCUGGAAAUGCUAAUGAAGAUAAGUAUGAAGAGAAAGCUGUGUGGCGGGAAAUGUUAACUCCUUCUCCUGCACUUCGCCGUAUGCUGAUCGUUGGUUUUGGGAUUCAGUGUUUCCAACAGAUCACUGGAAUAGAUGCAACUGUCUAUUACAGUCCUGAAAUCCUUCAAGAAGCUGGGAUUAAGGAUAAAACAAAGCUUCUUGCAGCAACAGUUGCUGUGGGCAUUUCGAAGACCGCUUUUAUAUUGGUUGCUAUAUUUCUGAUUGACAAGCUUGGAAGAAAGCCCUUGCUCUAUCUAAGCACAAUUGGAAUGACUAUAUGUUUGUUCAGCUUGGGUGCUACACUCACAUUUCUUGGAAAAGGACAGGUCGGAAUUGGGCUAUCAAUUUUGUUUGUUUGUGCAAAUGUAGCUUUCUUCUCUGUGGGAAUUGGCCCUAUUUGUUGGGUUUUGACGUCUGAGAUCUUCCCUCUAAGGUUGCGUGCUCAAGCAGCUGCGCUUGGUGCAGUGGGUAAUAGGUUGUGCAGUGGCUUGGUUGCAAUGUCUUUCCUAUCUGUUUCUGGUGCAAUUUCUGUGGGUGGAACUUUCUUCAUCUUCUCAGCAAUUUCAGCACUUUCUGUGGUCUUUGUCCAUACACUUGUCCCAGAGACAAGAGGAAAGUCGCUAGAACAGAUUGAGAUGCUGUUUCAGAAUCAACACGAAUGGCAAGGAAGUGAAGUGGAGCUUGGAGAUGUUGAGCAUCUUGUGCAGAAAGAAUGAUCUGCCUUGAUUGAAAAAGGCUAAUUAAACGAGCCGCAUCCUCCAACUUUUGCCACUUUUGGAUGCCAAUGCAUUGUUUGAUAAGUAGUACCUAUUGUAUGCAACCAGAAGUAUCUAUGAGUUGGGAGCCAGAGGGACUGGCAGCACGAAUUAUACAAAUCUCAGUUGCUGCUUUUGAUUUCCAGGUCAUAUGCAUGCCUGAAAGUCGUUUGAUCUGUACAUGUAUUCUUAUAGGUCAAUUUCAUUUGAGUUCCAUGAGAAAUUAUCUUUGUAAGGGAAUAUCUAGAACGAAAUAUUGGACACGACCAUUUAUUGUACUAAUACCCUAAUGUUAAGUAAAUCUCAUUACUCCGAGAAUAGAAAGCUGAAACAAAUUUGUGCAGCAGAAAUUA